UUGAAAUCCCAGCUAUAUUAAUAAAUAUAUGGAUACAUUUCUACACAAAUGCUGUCAGAAUGUAUGGUUCUGUUUGUGAAGCAGAUGGCAGCAUGUAGCGUGYAGCACAUGUUUACGCACAUGAUACAUUUAUUUUGAAAUCAGAAGUUUCAAAAAGACGACAGCGAUGCAGUUUCAGCUGUGUUUGGAGUCCGUCCACAUUUAUCACUGGAUUUAUCGCACAAUUUCACAUUUCUGCUCAGACCUCUGUGUUUCACACCGGAGCCGCAGUAUACAUGUGGAGCGGAACCACAUGUAGUUUAAAUUAGGGGUCAUUGUCCACAGCAGUAUCCACCCAAMCCAGAAACAGGAACUCAUCGUGAUUUAAAAGCAAAUAAUUUGUAGUCUGGCCCUAACACUCUGUUGUACUUUAGCAGAAUAAUCACAUGAAGAGUCUUGGGAUAAGAAACAGUUCCCAUCCUCAGAACAUUAUGAAUCAGGCUGAAGGCAGUCUGAGGAAUUCUUCAGAGAAAAUGUAAUCCUGGGCUGUAAUCCAAUAAUCUUACAACAAAUAUUUGCUCUUCUCCUAAGGCUGUUUUUUCCUUCACAGGCGACGAGUUAAAGCAGCAAAUAAAGUCAAGGCUUUCAAUAAACCACUGAUAAUAAUGAUAUCAAAUAGUAUCACAGAUAGAAAAAGAGCUUUGCCUCCUUUUAUAAGAAAAUAUACAAAAAAAAAAAAAACACAGUAAAAGGUAAACAAAACUGAUCUGGAUUCAAUGCAGGAUUUACAGUCUGUAUGUUGUAGACAUCAUGUGUUCUCCUCUGCAGGAACACCGGACCCCUUCUCCCAGUUGCACACGUGCCCCUACUGCUCUCGGGGCUACAAACGCAACGCCUCGCUGAAGGAACACAUCAAGUAUCGCCACGAGACGAGCGAGGACAACUACAGCUGCUCGCACUGCAGCUACACCUUCACCUACCGCUCGCAGCUGGAGAGGCACAUGAGCCACCACCGGGGCAACAGGGAGCARAUCAAACCCCAGAACCAGAAGCGCCACAGUUCCCAGUCGACAGCAGGAUCAGGAGGAACCCGCAAGUUCAAGUGCACCGAAUGCUCCAAGGCCUUCAAAUACAAACACCAUCUGAAAGAGCACCUGCGCAUCCACAGCGGUGAGAAACCGUACGAAUGCUCAAACUGCAAGAAGCGAUUCUCCCACUCGGGCUCUUACAGCUCCCACAUCAGUAGCAAGAAGUGUGUAGCCUCAGCACCCCCCAACGGAGUGAGCGUGACCGCCAUUAAAACCUCCACUCCGAUCACGCAAACGAAACAUGUCCCGAUAGCUCCCGCUCGAAAGAUCCUGAAAGAAAAGACUGAAAGUAAACCCCUCCAGGAGCAGCUGCCCGUCACCCAGAUCAAAUCCGAACCUGUGGAAUACGAGUGCAAGCCUGUGAUGGCGACGCCAGCUGCUUCGACCGACAGUAAAGACGUCGGGAACGGAGGGGCGGYGCAGCCGGCGGUGGCCCAGGCCGCAGCCCUGCCUCAGGGCGUGGCGAUGGUGGUGCCGACCGUCGGCCUGAUGUCGCCGGUCAGCAUCAAUUUGAAUGACCUGCAAAGUGUGCUGAAAGUGGCGAUGGACGGGAACGUGCUCAGGCAGGUGCUGGGGUCAGCCAACGGGGUGGUGGCGCAGGGGAAGCAGGGGAUUGUGGUUCAGCAGCCGCAGCAACAAAUCCUCAGCCUGCCCGCGUUUGUGGAUCACGACGGCACUACAAAAAUAAUCAUCAACUACAGCAUCGGCCCCGCGGCCGCCAACGCCGCCACCACCCUGCCCGCGCCUCUCGUUAUCAAAAACAGCCCUCCUCCUGCACUUAAAGUCCUGACAACAGCUGCUGCGCCCCCCAUCCCAACUAAAACCGAUAAAUGCCCAACCCCCGAGGCAACGGACCUCUCUGUCCGAAAAGAGCCAGGAGCAGAGCCCGUUAAAGACGAGGCGACGGAGCCAACAGAGAAAUCCCUGGCAUCCGCUGAGCUCUCCGAGUCAGCCCAGACACCCAAACCCAGCAGCUCCGGCUCCUGUCUGUUAUGUGACGAGUGUCCGGACAACCUGGAGGCGCUGCACCUCCUCCAGCACCGCAAAGCAGCCAACGGGGAGCCGGUGGACUCCGCCUCUUUGGAUCCAUCAUUCGCGGAUCUGCUGAGCGAAGCAGGGGUGACGCUGGAGGAGCCGCCCGUCGAGGACCUCCUGUCGCUCCUCAAGACCUCCUUUGCCUCCAACGCCAACCCCAGUGACGAGGAGCUGAGCAAGAUCUCCGAGUCCGUCAGUAUUCCAGUGGAAGUGGUUCGAAAGUGGUUUAUCAAGAUGAACUUUGGGACAAAAGCUGAUGAACGCCACAGUGAGGAUAUAGAUGCUUCUGAAAAGACUGAAAUCACUAACUGCAGCUCAGAAGACACUUUGAAUCACAACGAAGAAGAAGAAGAAGUAGAAAAAGAAGAAGAGGCCACCCAAGAGGAAGCUAAUAAAACUGUAACCGACAGAGCCUCCUCCACAGACUCACCAUCCCUCAGUCUCACCAACGAGGAUCUUGUUAUCGUUAAAAGUGAGCCUGAAGACCCAGAGCCCAUAGACUCCCAGGCAGAACCUUUGGACCUUUCUCUUCCCAAACAAAUCACAGCACCGUCAGAAAGCGACCCUGCCCCGCUCACAAAGCAGCAGGACCGCCCCCUGAACCUGACCUGCUUGAGGAAGGAGCAGCUCGAGGGUCGCACCAUCUACGUCACCACCCCUCAGGCCGGAAACCCCGUCAACAUCGUCACUGCCGCACAGCUGCCCACUUUGGUGGCCAUUGCUGGUCAGGGUACGGUGGGCUGCCUCAGUGCCAUCAACACCACAACCAAACGCACCAUCCUCAUCCCCCAACUCACCUACACCUACGCCACUACAGCCAGCAACACCACUGGGGCCAAGACUGUGGUACUUAACGGCCACAAGCAGGAGAAACGUUCAGAGAGCAACACUGACGGGAAUCUGACUGCAGAGGCGCAGGAGUCGAAGAGGCGGAGGAUGGAAAUCGGCGUCUAUCCCUGUGAUUUGUGCUCCAAGGUCUUCCAGAAGGGCAGCUCGCUGCUCAGACACAAAUAUGAACACACAGGAAAACGGCCCCAUGAAUGCACCAUCUGCAACAAGGCCUUCAAACACAAACACCACCUGAUCGAACACUCGAGGCUGCACUCCGGUGAGAAACCCUACCAGUGUGACAAGUGCGGGAAGCGUUUCUCUCACUCGGGCUCCUACUCCCAGCACAUGAACCACCGCUACUCCUACUGCAAGAAGGACGGGUCCAACCCGGGCGCCGCCUCGGGACCACGCAGGGUCCAGUUAGAGCUCGGCAGUCCCGGUGUCGGCCCGCAGCCGGACAGCCGGACCACGACCCCACCUUCCCAAAUGGACUCAGACGAGAGGGAGAGCGAGGAAGACAUGGACGAAGACGACGAGGCCAUUUGCAUGGACGACAUCCGGGUGGUCCAGGUGGACGACGGCGAGUGCGAGAUCUACGAAGGUAACUUUGACGACGAUGACGACGAAGAGGAGGACGGUUUGGCAGAGGAAGAGGCUGACGAAGACACGGAGGAGCAGGAGGAGUUAGCUUGUGAUGUGGUCGAGGUUGAGCUGGGGAAUAAUCACCUGGAAGGCAGCAGGUUGGAGGAAAAUCAAAAAGCGAAGGAGGAGGCAGCAGAGAAAACGGCCGACUGUGAAGCAGAGACGGACAAAAGCAUCAGGGAGGGAUCAGACGGCGCCGAGCCCCCGCAGGAAGUGGUGACAAACAAAUGAAGGAAAAGAAACAUUCGCAUUUGUUGGCCAUCAAAACUCUUUUUAAAGACAAAACCGCUUCAGAAGCAAGUCUCGGAAGUUGCCUAAUCUUAACGGUCCACUACUGUGUACAAAAACCCCAGUGUGCCUGAACUUAACAAAAAAAGAGAAAAAAGGUAACUUUUAUUUGUGAGAAAUGAAUUAUUAGUGUUUAAACUGUUUAUAGAAGUACAGAUUUUGAAGUAGUACCCAUCCAUCAACUUGUUAGACUUGUUACUGAGACUUUCCCUGGUCGUUUUGUUUUUUUAUUACUCAGCCAGUCAGUGUUACUAAUCUUAUUGUUUGAAACCAUUUUAACCUGUAAAGAAGAGAAAGAUUUCUAUACCUUUUUAUUGCCAAUGAAGUUUCCUAAAUCAGUAUUUUAUUGAGUUCUACGAACAAAAACCUCUGCACUACAGUAUUCCUAGUUUACCUACGGAUACAUGCCUCAUGCAUUGUAAGCCCUUCAGUGUUAUACGUGUACACUAGCUAGCAAGAUGUUGUUUGUGUUAGUUUUAGUCUCUGCUAGUUAGCAUUAUUUUUGUUUUCAGUUUGACUGUUAGCCUUAAGGAAAACAAAGUAUUCCUGGGGAGGGUUGUGGGCGGGGACGAAGGGGGUCGGGGGAGUCAGAAGGCGGCUUCUUUAUGCCAAAACCAAAUUUGUCCUAUCAGGGAAGAAAUGGUCACAACCUCAAAGCCAGCGUCAGGCGCGUUUGAUUUGCAACCCGGCGCAGCCUGAACGGGUGGGGUCACCACAGAUUCUGACCUAAUCACACACGCUGAAUCCUACGGAGCUUCUCCUUGUUUCGGUUUACUUUACUCGUCAGUGUUUCAGUGUUGUUAGCUUAUAUAUGAAGUCAUAUUGUAUGUGAAGGACCAGGGCUGUUUCCUGCUCCACCCCAAUGCCUCCAGCCUUAUGCAAGACCUGUGUGCUGUUAAAAGUGCCAUUGAACAGUAUUAUUUCUUCACACAUGUAGCCAGUAUUAUGUUCCUCUCUUGACUCACAGGAACCACGUUCACUAAUGUUUGUUCUCUUGCACAGGACUGCAGAUCUGUCUUUUUGUUUGUUUGUUUGUUUUUUCUUUGUUUGUUUUGUUUUUUGUUUGUUUUUGUGAUCAAAAUUAAAU